AUGGGAGCAGCUCUUCAAACAGGUAAGAUGGCCGUUCCUCUGCUAACCAAGAAGAUUAUCAAGAAGCGUGUCAAGAGGUUCAUCAGGCCUCAAAGUGACAGGAGAAUAUGUGUCAAGCAAAGUUGGCGCAGACCCAAGGGUAUUGAUUCCCGUGUUAGGAGAAAGUUCAAAGGUGUUACGUUGAUGCCCAACAUUGGUUACGGUUCCGACAAGAAGACCCGUCACUAUCUGCCUAAUGGAUUCAAGAAGUUUGUUGUCCACAAUGUCAAGGAUUUAGAACUCUUGAUGAUGCACAACAGGACUUACUGUGCUGAGAUUGCACACAAUGUCUCAACAAGGAAGAGAAAGGACAUUGUUGAACGUGCAGCACAAUUGGACGUUGUUGUCACCAACAAACUUGCCAGACUUCGCAGUCAAGAGGAUGAAUGA